AUGAUGGACGCGACGUCGGAAUCAGAAAGAACAAGUCUGGACCUGUCGGUCUCAUCGCCUAAACAAGCUUACUACGUUGAGAGUCCCUCAAGUGUGUCCCAUGUAUACGAUGGUGAGAAAUCCUCUUCAUCUGCUUCACUGAUUCAGAUUCAGUCCCCAAACUACACUAUCCUCACCGAGUCACGUCUCUCCUCUUCAAGCCGCACCUCCAACGGAACUAGCGGUGUGGGGUUCCGUUGGAAAGGAAGCUCACGGAGGAGUAACCUGUAUUGGACGGAGGGUCAUUACACGAUUCAUGAAGAUGAUGUUUAUGAAGAGAACAGAGGAUUAUCAGUUGGACAAUGCAGAGCGGUUAUGGUUAUUUUAGGGACAGUGGCUUUGUUCUCUGUUUUCUGCUCUGUUUUGUGGGGAGCUUCUCAUCCUUUCUCUCCUACCGUCUCCGUCAAUAGCUUUAACCUCCAUAGCUUUUACUACGGGGAAGGAGUAGACAGAACAGGAGUUGCCACUAGGAUUCUGAGCAUUAAGAGCUCAGUGAAAGUGACAAUAGACAGUCCUGCUCCCUACUUUGGCAUCCAUGUCUCUUCUUCUACUUUCAAUCUCACCUACUCUGCUCUCACCCUCGCCACUGGUCAGCUUACGAGUUAUUACCAACCAAGAAAGAGCAAACACAUAGCCAUUGUGAAGGUCCAUGGCUCCGAGGUUCCUCUGUAUGGAGCAGGACCACUCUUAGCUGCCUCCGACAAGAAAGGGAAGAUUCCGGUGAAGUUGGAGUUUGAGAUCAGAUCGCAAGGGAAUCUUUUGGGGAAGCUGGUCAAGUCGAAGCACUUGAAUCAUGUUACCUGCAACUUUUUCAUCUCCUCCUCCAAGACCUCCAAACCCAUAAAAUUCACUCAUAAGACCUGUAAACUCAGUACCAUGUAA